AUGCAAAGCUUGCUUCGAGUCCAUCGGGAGGUCCAAGAGGUCAAUGAAGAUUUUCAUUCGCUUAGGACAGUCCUGAAGGACACGGACAACAAAUUUAAAUGGGAUUUCGUCAUGUUCCCCAAUGACGGCGCGUUGGCGCAUCUGCCCCUGAUUGGCGAACUCAUCAUCCCAGAGGCGUAUCCGUACAAGCCUCCUGUCUUUCAUCUCUUUACUGCUACCUUCCGGAGCAAUGUGGACAUCUUUCGUCGACGCAGUAUCAAAAGUGAUUCUCAGAGUACAAUGUGCUUCGAUAUUCUACGCAGUAAAACAGACGGAGGAACCUGGGACCCUGACUAUACAAUUACCUGUCUCUUUGCAAGCCUGAUGCAAGCCCUGGUGACGCCCCGGGUUCCCCAGGAAUAUGGAGCGGAUAAGCCCGAGUUCGUCAGUAUGGGCAAGCUUAGAGAUAUAAAACAGUCGGUGCAAGCGACCUAUCUCACCCAUAAGCACAAGAUUCCCCAUUUGCCUGCCAUGCCCACGAUUCCAGCUACUUCGAUUCCGGCACAACCAUUCAGCUUUACCCGACUCGGAAUGACGGCACCUUCAAAAUUGCUUGAAUUCAAGAAUGACGACACCUACAUUAGCCAGGAAAUCUACCUCCAAGAUCCCGAGAAUCCUCAAGCGUGGUCAACGGUCUUGGAUGUCAAGGAUCUGCACCCAGGCGUUGUCUUUUCGGUGAUCUUAUCAAAUAAACCAGGAACGGAUCACACAGGUCGGAAGAGCGACACAAUAUUGCUUCGAAAUGGCGUAACUGGGACUGCAGCGAAAAAGUUGGCAGACCGGCCCAUUGUAUGGUUCUACCAUGGAAAACCAUUAAAUGACCAAAACCUGACAGUUUGCAUCACUGUCACCAAUGACCAAUUUACUAUAUCGUACAAAGCCGAUGGUACCGACAGUUUCCUUGUCCAUGGCGACACCCCAAUCUCAAAGCUCGGACGCGCGCAAAUCGGCGACGUUAAAGGAGUCCCAUUUUACCUCAACAUCUUCUUGAAGCGAAAAUCGGGAGAGGAAGGAUUAAUCAGGGUUCUCGACCAAAAGCAAGCCGGCUUUAUUCAUGCAAAUACGACCAUUGGUCCUCAAGAUUGGUAUACUGAUCCACCUGUCUUGGUCAAGUUGGCUUUGGAGUAUGAGCAAACAGCCAGUCUUCAAAGAGCUAUAGAUUUCUACAAUCUUGGCAUGGAUUUCCAAGUUCAAAAAUAUGCCCUAAUGUCUGCGUUCCAAACAUUAAUUUGCUCCAAGGACCUGCCUCAGGGCCAAUAUGCUGACGUUGUCAAUGAAAUUUAUGCCCCACUGCGGGACAAGGUUGUCGAGCUGAAUGUUACCGCUAUCAUAGCGGAUGGGGACUGUGUUGCGCUGUUGACAGACACUCCUCAAUGCUCUGAGAACGGCGUUGAGAUAUCGUGUUUUCCCGAUGACAGGGUGCCGCAUGUGAUGAUGAGGUUGCGGAAUGUGUCAAUCAAGGCUGAGUAUUCUGAUGUUCUGGCAAAACGAGUGAGAGACGGCUAUAAAACGGACCAAAUGAAACCGGGAGAUACAUACGUACAACUACCUCAGCCGAUCAGAGUCUUGUGCCCUUUGAAGUUUGAAUUUCAAAUAUGA